AUGCGUGACCUCCCCAGUCUCAUCCGGGCGAAGCCGAAGCUACCGUCGCUCUUGACAGGCAACAUCAACUUCGCCAAGCUCAACCCGAUCCCGUACCGAUACCGACCAAGCCGAGGAAAGAGGCAUCAGAAGAAGAGCGACACCUACACCGACGCUCACGAUAUCACAUCGCUCCAAAAGUCGUUCAACCCUCUCGUCACAAUACGGAGACUGCGAGCACACAAGUGGAGGCUUCUCGACUUACAGUACACGAUAUUGGUCGCCCUAAUCAUCUUGUCGCUUUGCAUUACGCCAUCGGCACCCUUAAUCAAGACUCUUGCUGUCGCAGGCGGUCUCCUGCUUCUGACCGUUCCCGCCACCAGCCAGUUCUUCUUCCCAGGGCUGAGUAUAUGGGCCUACCUCAUUUAUUUCUUUUGCAGUCGCUUCAUCGAUGCGAAAUACCGCCCUCACAUCUGGGUUCGCGUCCUGCCAGCCCUCGAGAACGUCCUUUACGGCGCCAACCUCUCUAAUAUCCUGUCCGCUCACACCCACCCGGUCCUCGACAUUCUCGCUUGGAUCCCAUACGGCUUGGGCCACUUUGGCGCCCCGUUCGUCUGCGCCGGCUUCCUGUUCCUCUUUGCCGCGCCCAAGACGCUCCCCGUCUUCGCCAAGUGCUUUGGAUGGCUGAAUGUGCUCGGUGUGACCAUCCAGCUCCUCUUCCCCUGCACUCCUCCGUGGUACGAAAACGAGCAUGGCCUGGCACCUGCUGCCUAUGGCAUGCAGGGGUCCCCGGCCGGCCUGGCCCGUAUUGAUGCCAUUCUCGGUAUCGACAUGUACACGACGAGCUUCACCACUGCCCCUGUGCCUUUCGGCGCCUUUCCAUCGCUGCACGCCGCCGACGCCGUCAUGGAGGCUCUCAUCUUGAGCCAUUGCUUCCCGCGCUUCCGCCCUCUCUUCGUAAUUUACGUCGGAUGGAUCUGGUGGGCGACCAUGUACCUCAACCACCACUAUGCGGUCGACCUGGUCGGUGGGUCCCUUCUCUCCGCCGGCAUCUUCUACUAUGCCAAGGCUCGGUACCUGCCUCAACAGCAGGCCGACAAGAAGACGCGCUGGGAGUACGACUACGUUGAGAUUGGCGAGCAGACCAAGAUCUUUGACGAGGAGUACGGACGGUUGUACAACAUGGGAUACCUCCAGCGACGCGGCAGCUCGUCCAGCGACGAGUGGACGGUCGGCAGCAGUUCCAGCUACAGUACAUCGAGCCGGGGCAGUGGGAGUCUGAGCCCCGCGCUCUCGGAAGAAUCCGGCCGCAGCCUCUUCAGCAUCGAGAUCCGAUCCGACCACGAACGACACGAGAUUCCUCAGCUUACCGAGGUGGCCGUCCGGUAG